GGCACUUCGGGUAGAUGAGCCUGCUUUCUGCCAAUGGUUCAUACAGGCUAUUCUGUAUUCUAGUUAGUAUAGACAAUCAAUGACAGGGUGUACUAGAUCUACAAUACAGCACAUACUAUUUCUUUAUUUUGAACUGUCGGUACCAAGUUCAACAAAAGUAGGAAAUAAAACUCCAGUCUCCAGACAUGGCUUUAGUGGGAGUUAGAGCUUCAUACCACAGGAUUCUUAACAAGAUCGAGCUCAAACUACCUGCUAAACUGAGACCUUUCUACAACCAUCCAGCAGGCCCAAAGACAGUCUUUUUCUGGGCACCAGUGUGUAAAUGGGGCCUGGUUAUGGCUGGCAUGGCUGAUAUGACACGGCCAGCUGAUAAACUGAGUCCCUCUCAGUCUGGAGUACUCAUGACUACAGGUGUUAUUUGGUCCCGAUAUUCUCUUGUCAUUAUUCCAAAGAACUGGGGUCUCUUUUUUGUCAACGGUUUUCUUGGAUUGGCAGGAGCCAACCAACUUGUUAGAAUCUGGAUGUACCAACAGGAAGUAAAGAAGCAACAGGACGAGAAGGCCCAGAUCCCCAUCAUAUAACCCGCACACGCACACACACGCGCACACACGCACACACGCGCACACACACACACACACACGCACACACACGCACACACACUUGUAUUUAAUUUAUUCAUGUCUUAAUCAAUUUUUUGGCAAAGUCUGUAAAGUCAACCCUCAACAGUCAGUAACACAUGUCGUAUAUACAGUACAUAUCACAGGUCUGAUAUACAGUACAUACCACAGGUCUGAUAUACAGUACAUAUCACAGGUCUGAUAUACAGUACAUAUCACAGGUCUUAUAUACAGUACAUAUCACAGGUCUGAUAUACAGUACAUAUCACAGGUCUGAUAUACAGUACAUAUCACAGGUCUUAUAUACAGUACAUAUCACAGGUCUUAUAUACAGUACAUAUCACAGGUCUGAUAUACAGUACAUAUCACAGGUCUGAUAUACAGUUCAUAUCACAGGUCUUAUAUACAAUACAUAUCACAGGUCUUAUAUACAGUACAUAUCACAUGUCUUAUAUACAGUACAUAUCACAGGUCUGAUAUACAGUACAUAUCACAGGUCUUAUAUACAGUACAUAUCACAGGUCUUAUAUACAGUACAUAUCACAGGUCUUAUAUACAGUACAUAUCACAGGUCUUAUAUACAGUACAUAUCACAGGUCUGAUAUACAGUACAUAUCACAGGUCUUAUAUACAGUACAUAUCACAGGUGGCUGGUUGCAACUUAAUUGGGGAAGGCUGGCUCAUAGUAAUGGCUGGAACGGAAUACAUGGAAUUUCCAUGGUUACCAUGUGUUUGAUAACAUUCUAUUCACUCAAUUCCAGCCAUUAAUAUUAGCGUUCCUCCCCUCAGCAGCCUCCUGUGAUAUGUAUAUAACCAGGCCCUAUAUAACCAGGCACUAUAUUCUAAUAGGCCUAAUGAAUAUGUAGGAAUUUACAUUCCUUCCUUUUUUGUGUUAGAAUUCUUUUAAGACCAAGGAAAUAUCUGGUUUUGGCUUGAACUCUCAGUAUUUGUAAUAGAUUUGUGCCCCUUAAAUAUUUACUUAGUAUUAUGUGCAAAUGUAAUACAGUUGUUUGUAGGAUUACAUAAUUGUUGUAAUUUAAAUAAAUAAUGUAUUUAUGAAA